UAGCAGAUAAGUUGUAUCGUCGUCUCCAUCCCUCUCAAAACCUUAGAAUUCAUUGCAAAACCCUAGAAACCCUAGAAAAUCCUCUUCUUCUUAUCUCAUCAGAAGAAGAAGGAGACAUGGAUCUUCCUCUUCUCCUCUUCUCUCCCUCCGUCCCUUCUCCUUCUCCUUCUCCUUCUCUUUCUCGCCGUCUUCUCAUCUCCCAAUUUAAUUCCAAUCCUCUCCGCUUCAAAAACCCUAGAAAAUCCUUUCUCACCAGAAAUCCCAGCCCCAAAAUCGCCGUUGUCCGAAAUUCCGUUUCCGAGGCUAUCGAACCGGACAAUUCCGUGAAUUCGGCCAUCUUCGGGGGCAAGAAGCAGCUCCCGGGCCCGCAAGCCCUCAUCGACGGGUUGUCGCCUCCGGUCCGGUUGGCGACGUCGGCUGUGUUCGUUGCUGGUGCACUCGCUGCGGGAUAUGGGCUGGGGUUCCGGUUCGGUGGUACGCGGGCUACUGGAUUGGGCGGUGCCGUCGCUCUUGGUGCGGCCGGCGGGGCUGCAGUGUAUGCAAUGAAUGCUUGUGUUCCGGAGGUUGCGGCAGUGAGUUUGCACAAUUAUGUGGUGGGUUCUGACGAUCCUGGGACAUUGAAGAGGGAGGAUGUUGAAGAGAUUGCGCAAAGAUACGGUGUUAGCAAACAAGAUGAAGCCUUCAAUGCAGAGCUUUGUGAUUUGUAUAGCCGGUUUGUAUCUUCCAUCCUUCCACCUGGGCAUGAAAAUCUCAAAGGCAAUGAAGUUGAAACCAUUUUAAAGUUCAAAAAUGCUCUUGGCAUUGAUGAUCCUGAUGCAGCCGCUGUGCACAUGGAGAUUGGAAGGCGCAUUUUCAGGCAAAGGCUUGAAACUGGAGACCGUGAUGCUGACAUUGAGCAGCGUCGGGCAUUUCAGAAGCUAGUUUAUGUUUCGACACUGGUGUUUGGAGAAGCAUCAACAUUCCUUUUGCCUUGGAAGCGUGUUUUCAAGGUCACUGAUUCACAGGUUGAGGUUGCCAUUCGGGACAAUGCCCAGAGACUCUAUGCAAUGAAGCUGAAUUUAGUUAACCGAGAUAUUGAUGAGAAAACACUUAUUAGCUUGAGAGAAGCACAACUUCUAUACCGGCUUUCUGAUGAGGUUGCUGCUGAUAUGUUUCGGGAGCAGACAAGAAAACUCGUUGAAGAAAACAUUUCAACAGCACUUGAUAUGUUGAAGUCUAGGACAAGAGUUAGGGAAACAGCACCAGUUGUUGAGGAGCUUGACCAGAUUCUGGCAUUCAAUAAUUCACUUAUCUCCCUAAGUAGCCAUCCUGAAGCUAGCCGCUUUGCCCCUGGGGUGGGGCCUGUUUCUUUAAUAGGUGGUGAGUAUGAUAGCGACAGAAAGAUGGACGAUUUGAAGCUCCUCUACCGAGCGUACUUGGCAGACUCUUUUUCAAGUGGGCGUAUUGAGGAAGACAAGCUUGUGGCUUUGAACCAUUUGAAGAAUGUAUUUGGCUUAGGAAAACGUGAGGCUGAAACCAUCAUGUUAGAAGUCACCUCAAAGGUCUACCGCAAGCGGCUUUCACAGGUUGUUUCUAGUGGUGAUUUGGAAGCUGCCACUAGCAAAGCUGCUUUCCUUCAAAAUCUCUGUGAUGAACUGCACUUCGAUCCGCAGAAGGCGAGUGAGAUACAUGAAGAAAUUUAUCGACAAAAGCUUCAGCAGUCUGUAGCUGAUGGGGAGUUGAGUGAUGAAGAUGUUGCUGUUUUACUUCGUUUGCGAGUUAUGCUUUGUAUUCCUCAGGAAACUGUUGAUGCAGCACAUGCAGAUGUCUGUGGCCGGUUGUUUGAAAAGGUUGUUAAGGAUGCAAUUGCAGCAGGUGUAGAGGGAUAUGAUGCUGAUGUCAGAGCCUCUGUCAGGAAGGCAUCAAAAGGCUUGCGCCUGAAAAGGGAUGCUGCUAUGACCAUAGCUAGCAAGGCGGUUCGCAUGAUGUUUAUGAACUAUAUAAAACGAUCUAGGGCAGCUGGUAGCCGAAUUGAGGCUGCAAAAGAACUGAAGAAGAUGAUAGCAUUCAACACUUUGGUGGUCACCGAAUUAAUAGCAGAUAUCAAAGGAGAGUCCACUGUUACAACCUCUAAGCCAAUAGAUGUUGAACCCGAAAAAACCGAGGAAGAUGAGUGGGAGUCCCUCCAGACUUUAAGAAAGACUAGACCCAGUAAGGAGCUCGAAGCCAAGCUAGGAAGGCCUGGUCAGACUGAAAUAACUCUUAAGGAUGACCUCCCAGAGCGGGAGAGGACCGACCUAUAUAGGACCUACUUGCUAUUCUGCCUCCAAGGCGAGGUUACGGUUGUGCCGUUUGGGGCGCAGAUCACCACGAAGAAGGACAAUUCGGAAUACCUGCUUCUAAACCAGCUAGGCGGCAUCCUCGGGCUGACUGGUAAAGAGAUUGUGGAUGUUCACCGGAGCUUGGCUGAGCAGGCUUUCAAGCAACAGGCUCAGGUCAUUUUAGCCGAUGGGCAGAUAACAAAAGCCAGGAUGGAGCAGCUCAAUGAGGUGCAAAAGCAGGUGGGCCUUCCGGCAGAGGCUGCACAACAGGUUAUAAAGAGUAUAACAACAUCAAAGCUGCAAGCCACGAUUGAAACAGCUGUGAGCCAAGGGAGGAUGAGUGCAAAGCAGAUCCGGGAACUGAAGGAAGUGGGCGUGGAUGUGAGCGGCAUGAUCUCGGAAAGGCUACGUGAGGAGAUCUUCAAGAAAACUGUGACUGAGUUCUUCUCGUCAGGUACUGGAGAGUUCGAUGAAGCAGAGAUUUAUGAGCGCAUCCCAUCGGAUCUGAGCAUUAAUGUGGAGAAGGUCAGAGGGGUUGUUCACGAGCUUGCUAAGAACAGGAUAUCUGAAUCAUUGGUUCAAGCCGUGGCGUUGCUACGUCAGAGGAAACCUGCAGAAGUGGUAUCCUCUCUUAAUGACAUGCUAGCAUGCGACAAGGCGGUGCCAUCCGAGCCGUUGUCGUGGCAAGUCCCGGAGGAGCUUGUGGAUCUCUUCUUAGUCUACAUGAAGAAUGACCCACCAUCCCAGAAGCUCUCCCGCCUGCAAUACCUGCUCGGUGUCAGCCACUCAACCUUGGAGGAGUUGCAAAAGAGGCUAGAGAAGGGAGGACUUGCCAAUGGCGACGAAGAGGAAGCAUUUGUAUUUUAGGCUGAAAUUUUGUUAGUUUUUAGUGGAUGCACUAGUUAUAUAAAUUUUUUUUUUUUUUCCUAAGAAUUCUUGAUGGAUUUGCAGGCUUCUUUCAGGACGGAGGCGGAGGAUCUGGUUCCCCUCCCCCGAUAAUAUCUUUGUGAUGCAUAGAAACAAUGGGAAGAUGAUAAUGGUCUGCCUUUUGAAUUGGUUGCAGAAGCUGGAUUGCAAUAGCAGCAGCAAUAUAUGGCAGAUUCUUGCUAUCUGAGGGCAAUUUCGAGGUGAUA